AUGACUUCCGGGGACUUGGAGGAAGGUGUUCAUGAAAUCACGUCGGCGGAAACCGCAUAUACGGAUGCUCCAACAGUCAAAAGGCCCGGAGAUGAAGACGUAUGUGCCGAAAAAGAUGGCCAUUCUUCGUUCGCUGCAUCGCCCGCGCAGUCGGCCAUGGAUAUGAAGGGCACAGCGAUUGAUAUUCCAUAUGCAGAGCAUGAAAGCUUGCCGAUAGCGGUGCCGAGGCUGAAGCGCCGAGGGCUUUUCGGACAACUUACCCUGCUGGCAGAGGUUGAGAAUCCGAAGACGUAUCUCCGAAAAACGAAGUGGUUUAUCACAUUUAUCGUCGCGCUGGCAGGAUCUACGGCUCCCAUGGGUAGCUCGAUACUAUUCCCCUCUCUUUCUCAAAUAUCCAAGGAAAUGGACGCACCAACCACUGUCGUCAACCUGAAUAUCUCGCUGUACAUGCUGAGUAUGUCUAUCUUUCCACUUUGGUGGUCGUCUUUCAGCGAGAGACUUGGUCGGCGAACGAUAUACCUCGUAUCCUUCGGUCUCUUUGUGUUGUUCAACGUUCUGAGUGCCGUAUCCCAUUCCAUUUCGAUGCUAAUCGUCAUGCGCAUGUUGAGCGGUGGGGCAUCGGCAUCAGUUCAAGCAGUUGGCGCAGGGACGAUAGCAGAUCUGUGGGAUCCGCAUGAAAGGGGACGCGCAAUGAGCAUUUUCUAUCUGGGCCCGCUGUGCGGUCCUUUGCUCGCUCCCAUCGUGGGGGGUGCUCUGGCAGAGCGUUGGCAAUGGAGGAGUACCAUGUGGUUGUUGGCGGUUUAUGGCGGAAUCAUCGUGAUAUUCAUCUUUUUUGCACUUCCUGAAACAUUGGCCAAUCAAAAGCAGCGUGAUGGGGAUGAACAAGCACCCGUUGAACGACAGCUCAGUCGGAUAUCUUCACGCCAGGUCGUUCACCUCACUGCCAGAUGGUUGAAGGUCCUCAAGAUGGUUUUCCUUGACCCUCUUAAGAUCGUUCUUUACUUGCGCUAUCCCGCAGUGCUUUUGACUGUAUACUACGCGAGUAUCACCUUCGGCUCCCUAUACGUGUUGAACGUUAGCGUUGAACAUACGUUUUCAACGAACCCCUACAACUUUAGCACCGUUAUUGUUGGGUGCCUCUAUAUCCCAAACUCGCUGGGUUACAUAGCUGCGAGUAUUUUCGGCGGGCGAUGGAUGGACAAAAUCAUGCAGCGUGAGGCGAAGAAGGCCGGUAGAUAUGACGAGGACGGCAAGUUGAUCUAUCGCCCGGAGGAUCGCAUGCGUGAGAAUGCUUGGCUGGGCGCAUUUCUGUAUCCUGCUGCGUUGAUCUGGUACGGCUGGACUGCCGACAAGGGGGUCUUCUGGUUUGCGCCGAUGGCCGCCAACUUCUUUUUUGGUGUCGGAUCAAUGCUCAUAUUCAGCAUGUCAACGACAAUGUUGACAGAAUUCAUGCCCAAGAAAUCAUCAUCUGGUGUCGCAUUGAACAACUUUAUGAGAAACAUAUUCUCAUGCAUCGGAUCGCUAGUGACAGCCCCCAUUAUUGAUGCCAUUGGUAACGGAUGGCUCUUUAUGAUCCUUGGACUGGUCGCUUUCGCCAGCAGCUCGGUGAUUCUCGCUAUGAAAGUAUUUGGACCUCAUUGGAGGAAGUCGAUGGAUGCCGUGAGUCACUAA